GUAGCUUGUUCUAUUGUAAACACAUACAGCAGCAAACACUAACAGCAAAAGUAAAAAAACAACACAAAACAAAACUACACUGACAAAAACAGACACAAUCGGGAACGUACCACAGAAUAAUCUCGGGCGUUAAUCAUGGGGCACCAGGGAAGUGUUGCAUGCAGUGGCAGUGGCAUCUCGUACGUGCAGUGCCAGAAUCUCAAGUACAACGUCAUCAUUCUGGGCUGGCUGGGCGUGAUCGUAUCGUCCGUGACCCUGGGCAGCUCCAUGGUGACCCUCCACAUGCAUCCGGAUAUCGGACUGCUGCUCAAGCAAGGGCUCUUCAGCUUGGCCGCGGACAACGAGCAGCAGUUUCUGAUGAAUCUGUUGACCAUCUUUAGCUCUGUCGCAUAUGGACUGUCGUUGAUCAACGCGGCCGUCAGCUUACUGCUGCUAAUUGGCGUGGCUCGGGACACGAGCUGGCUGAUGUAUCCCUGGCUGAUAUUCCAUGGAGUGAUUUAUGGGUUUGGCCUUUAUCUGGGUGUCUUCUAUGCCACCGUGGGCCUCUUCAUUGAUCUGUCCAGUUUCCUGAUGUGCCUCUUGGUAUUCACCCUUGUGCUGGUGAUCUUUUACAAGAUCUAUCACGAGGUCUUCACCCUAUUCCGAGUGAUGGGGGAGCAAUCGAAGCAUGCCACUCUUGGCGGAGUCUGCUGUAAGGAUGCCGAGUAUGGAGUUCCCUGUCAACAGGUCUACGUGCCCCUCAAACAGUAGCUGCAUAAACAAAUUACAUUCCAAUACAAUAAAUUUCGACUGAAUUUCCA